AUGACUGGCACGUCACCAGUGUAUCGCGCCCUCUGUGUGCCUUCGGGCAAUGUGGUCGCCUUUGGAAUGCAAGCGACUGCGUCGGUGAACUGCGCGGGCAGGACGCUCUUCCGGGUGUUCCAGGGCAACGUGGAGGUGUUGGGCUUUCGACCGCCUCUGGGCGUCUACUUCUCGUUGCACUCGCCCAAGUGGACCCGUUUGCUCGUGAUUGAAGGUCGACCAGGCAAUGCCGAGACGCAAGCUCCUUUCGGCCCCCCGAACGUCAGUCUCUUGCAAGCCAUGGAGCCCAAUUUGCCAUCCGAAGCUGUGAACGAGGACGAAGAGAUUGCGGUCGAUCAACUGGCCAUGCAGCUCGUACACGACUUUCCAGUGGUGCUGGUGUUCCGAGCUAUCCCUGUCGUGUAUGGAAAUAUCACGAGUUUCUAUGAGAACGCGAGACCCGAGAAGCCGCCAGCGGUCCUGCCUGGUUUCAAAGUGAUCGUCUCGAAACACGACCAGAGCUUGCUGGACGACCUGACCGCACACUUUGACUCGGCAAGUGCUGCACCUUUGGCCACCGAUCCCAUGCGUCACGAGUGGAAGUCGCCUGAGCGUGUCCUGGCUGAGCUCGUGGUAGUGGACUCGUUCAAGACACUGCAUAUCACUGAGCCCUGGCAGGUCACAGGUGACCGACUGCUCGCUAGUCUGUUGGCAGAAGAGACCCCAACGUCGCAGAAAAUCGUCGUUUGUGGCGGCAAAGGUGUGGGCAAGUCCACGUUUUGCAGGUACCUGGUCAACAAGUUGCUCUCACACUUCGAGACAGUGGCCUACCUGGACACCGACCUGGGUCAGAGUGAACUCACGCCGUCUGGCCUUGUUACCCUUCAUGCGUUGACGUCACCGCUGCUAGGUCCGGGCUUCUCGCACAUGAAGCAUCCAAUCCGGUCGUAUUUCUGUGGAAAUGCCAAUCCAGGCAAUGAUCCGUUGUACUACAUGAAGGCAGUCAAGAGUCUGCUGCAUCUGUACGAUGCGAAGUGGGGCAACCAACGAGACAUGGGCACGAACAGCAACAACGUGAGUCCUCGGACACGCCAUCGCGCAUACGCACCAUUGAUAAUCAACACGGACGGGUGGAUAAAAAGCAUGGGCCAUGACUUGCUGUGCAACGUCAUCCACGAUACGGACCCCGACCACGUGGUGCAGCUGCUGGCUGCGUCGAAGAACAAACAUUUUGAUGUCUCCACGGAAGGCAAGUGGCAUAUUCACGCUGUCCCGCCUUGGGAUCCUAUCGGCGUGACACAACCGCCUCGUAGCUCCAAGGAACUGCGCAUGUAUCGGCUCCACUCGUACUUCCUCGCUCAAAGUCGGUGUCAUCUGCCACGGCCGUUGCUGCAGAACCUGCACGUGCUCUCCGAAAAGAAUCGCUUAGACAGCCACAUAUAUCGCGCGUAUGCUCAACUCACACCUUUCGCCGUGUCAUUCGACCAGGUCGAUAUCUCGUUUGCCGGCCCCUCUGUGCCACCGAGCCAGCUCUUGUUCGCACUCAACGCUUGUGUCGUGGGUCUCUGCAUCAACCUCGAAUACAAACCGAUCGAGCAGGACGAUUCCAAAAAGCGUGAAGGUCCACCACGCAUCGUGCUCCAGCCCGUACAUGCGCCUUGUCUAGGCGUGGGAAUCGUCCGUGCGCUAGAAGCCGAGAAACGUCAACUGUACAUCCUGAGUCCGCUGCCUCUCUCCGUGUUGAAGCGCGUCAAUUUGCUCGUGCAGAGCAGCAUGUCGCUCGACAGCAUCAUGUUGUCCGCACACGAUCCUGUUCAAGCACCUUACGCUGUUGCUGACGUCGUGCCAUCUGAAGGCACCGGUUCUGCUGUCAUGCAGAGCCGCAACAAUCUCAAACGCAAGCGCGAUAGCAGCAAGUGA